GGGAUCCCCAGGAAGGACUCCAGGGUGACCGCAGCGGAGAGGGGAUAGCACGGACCACGUUCUGACAUUUCACCUUGCUCGUGGUUCCUCCUUUAACUGGGCCCUCGGGUGCCACUUGCCCACAGCCUCCAGCGAGCUGCCCCUUUCUCGGCCCUUGGAUCGAAAUCUUUGUCGCCGGUGUCCCUUCGAGCGGAUGGCGUGGCGUGUGUAGCGGAUCCGCGCGCGGGCCAGUACUGAGUGGGUCUUCCGGACUGCUUGCCAGGGCUGGCUUCGAACUGUGAUCCUCCUGAUCUCUGCCUCCUGAGUAGCUAGGAUUACAGGAGUGAGCCAUCGGUGUCCAGCUACUAAGUGACGUCUUUGCACCUGCCUUUUCAUGGAGGAUGCAAAAAAGUUUCAUUUUGUAGAUGGAUUGUUACCUGAAUCCAUAUUGUUCAAAUAACUUCAAUUAUACAUUGAUGUAUCAAGAUGUUAGUGCAUAAAAUGCUGACAUUGACUUGUCUGGCAGCUCAACUGAGAAACUCUGUCACACGAGCUGAAAGGCUUGGCGAGGUGACUGGAGUUCGGGUGACACACGUUUGUUGGUGACGCCGGCGCCCUCUCGCGGGGACCUGAACCACCCGUUUCCUGCCUGGGCUUGCAGAGCUGCAUUUGCACCCAGCUGCCCACCUGGGAAGGUUCCUGCCACACUGAGAACAUGGCGACAGCAGAAGCCAGAGCAAAGGAACUUGAAAAUCAUCACAAUGACUGCCUCGUUCAGCUUUCAAAUCCAAACAUAGCGACAAUGAAGGAAGAUGUUCUCUACCACUUCAGCCUGAGCACGAGCACACACAAUUUCCCUGCUAUGUUUGGUGAUGUGAAGUUUGUGUGUGUUGGUGGAAGCCCCUCUCGGAUGAACUCCUUCAUCAACUAUGUGGCCGUGGAGCUGGGACUUGGACGUCCAGGGGAUGAGUAUCCCAACAUCUGUGCGGGAACUGACCGCUACGCCAUGUAUAAAGUUGGACCGGUUCUGUCCGUGAGUCACGGUAUGGGCAUUCCUUCUAUCGCCAUCAUGUUACAUGAACUCAUCAAGCUGCUGUACCAUGCCAGGUGCUCCAAUGUCACCAUCAUCCGCAUUGGCACUUCUGGUGGGAUAGGUCUGGAGCCUGGCUCAGUGGUCAUCACCCGGCAAGCAGUGGAUGCCUGCUUCAAGGCGGAGUUUGAGCAGCUUGUCCUGGGGAAGCGGGUGGUUCGGAGUACAGACCUAGACGAGCAGCUGGUGCAGGAGUUGCUGCAGUGCUCUGUAGACCUGAGCGAGUUCACCACUGUUGUGGGAAACACCAUGUGUACCUUGGACUUCUAUGAAGGGCAAGGUCGUCUGGAUGGUGCCCUCUGCUCCUACACGGAGAAGGACAAGCAGGCCUAUUUGCGAGCUGCCCACGCUGCGGGCAUCAGAAACAUCGAGAUGGAAUCUUCAGUCUUUGCUGCCAUGUGCAGUAUGUGUGGCCUCCGAGCGGCCGUGGUGUGUGUCACCCUCCUGGACCGACUGCAGGGGGACCAGAUCAGCAGCCCACACGAGGUGCUGGUCGAGUACCAACAGAGACCACAGCGGCUGGUGGGCUACUUCAUUAAGAAAAGCCUCAGGCAACCCUGAGCCCAGCUCUGUGUCACACACCUGCAAUUAGGGACAAUAAAACUGCUGGGCCAAACCUCUUUUUGUUUGAUUUGGAACAUACUUUACAUAACCAUUUUGCAAAUUGGGUUGCAUUUGGAGGUAAGGGGUCAUGGAUGAAACAUGCAGGAGAUUUUCUGUUUUCAAGUUGGUAGAGGAUUUUUUCACCUUCUUUAGCCUGACUGGGAGCUUCAUGAAGACGUUCUGCUGAGCAUUUGAACUAUUUCUAGGGAAACUGUCAGACUUAAAUUCUAGAGUGUCAGAUUUCAUGGCACUAAAUAAGAAAUCAGAUACUCAUGCCAGGAAGCACAUUGCCUGCUGUAUUUCUCAGAUCUAUGUAGUCAUCCCUUCAUGGCUGAAGAUACCAAGUUGAGGCUCCAUGUGGCUACCAGCAUCCUUGGAUGCUCAAGUAUUUUAUAUAAAAUAGGGUUGCAAGUGCACGGAGACUACGCACACCCUUUAAUUACUUUAUGGGAUUUUUGGGGGGAGAUGGGGAAUGGAUUAGAACCCAGGGCGUCAGGAUUGCUUGGCAGGCACUCUACCUCUUGAGCCACUCUGCCAGCCACUUGCAUGUACUUUCAACAAUCUCUAGAUAUCUUGCAAUUAAUGUCAUGUAAAUACUACAUACACAGUUAUAUUGUGUUGCUUCGGGAAUAAUGACAAGAAGUCUGUUUGUUCCAAGAGUCUUUUUUCUUUUUUUAAUGUCUGUGUUUUUGUUGUGAUGGGGGUCUUGCUUACAUUUUUGACCAUGCUGGCGUUGAGCCUCAAUCCUGCUGAUCUCUGCCUUUCAGGUAGCUGGGGUUCCAGGUGUGAACAAUUGCACCUGGCCCAUUUAUUAGUUUCUGUUCUCGGUUGAAUCCAUGCACACAGGACCUUGCAUAAGGAGGGCUGUCCUCACACCACUUGUUAGAGAUUGCUGAAAGCCAUAAGAGUGGAUGGCUGGAGUUUGGGGAUCAGUGCUUAUGUAAAUAAGCCCAUAUGCAGUUUCUGAGUUACAGUUAGGCAAAUUCCAAGAACCUCCUAAUCAGCCUUAUUACGUUACAAGGGUUGUCCUGCCCAUUCUCCACUCUGGGGUACUUGGAUAGAUUUGUACCUGUUGACAAAUUUCCAGCUUCAGUCACUGGAAUGAGGACAAGAGGAAUGGGAAUCCAUGUAGUUCCCUCCCUUGUGUGACUGACUGCAGGACUUGUCCCAAGCCCAGGAUGGUUCAUUGUUGGAGCAUCACUGACUCCUGCAACCCCAGGUUCCCAGUGACUUCUCAACUUUUCCACAUCAACUCAGCCGCUUUCAGGAUGAAAUUGUUUCCAGAGCUUGGCUGGAUUUGUGUCCUGUGGGCGCUGUGGCAUGUGCCUGUGCUCAGAAGCUUUGCUGUGCAGUUGUCAUGUGACUUGGAGUGGCACAGUUUGGUGGGUGGGGAGCUGGAUGUGGAUGUGUGUGUGGUUUGUGCACUCUACCUAAAGCUUCUUCUCUAUAGUCCUUAGAUGCAACCCAAAUUGAAGUUCAUUCAAUGUGUUGUGAGCACACAAGACUUUCUAGAUGCUGUGAUCAAGAGUCCUGCCCCCUGAUUAAAUUUAAAAAACACAUCUGGUCAGGAAAUUCUUUUGUAUUCCUGAUUCAUGGGACAUUUUCACCCUGCUUGGAAUUUGCAUCACAUUAAACUUAGUUAUACAUCUAUUGUGACUUCUGAAAUCUCUUUUGUUGUGCUUUUUUUUUUUUUGUUUUUGCAGCACUGGGUUUGAACUCAGGGCCUCAUACUUGCUAGGCAGGCAUUCUACUACUUGAGCCACUGUCAGCCCCUUCUAAUGUCUUUUGAUGUGGAAAUACAUACACACACUAAUGUCCUUUUCAAUGGUGAGCCAGUGUUGAAUUCCCAGAUUAACCCUGUAUAUUUCUGAUUAUUCCAUUGAUAUAUUUUGGGAAUCAACUUUCUAAUAUUUUUUUGUGGACCCCUUUAUCAGUGCUGUGAGCCGUAUUUGUCUCUUCCUUGUCUUGUAAUGCUUUGUCUGGGGCAUGUAGUAAUUUUGUCCAAAUAAAUUCUGAUAAUCCUGAGUAAAAGUGUUGAAAAAUGCUUUUGUCAUUUCUAUGUUCUGGAAUAUUUUAUGUACUACUGAUGCAAUUUCUUCAUUAGGUAAUUGGUAUAAUUUGCCAAUAAAUGUAUGUGUGCCUUGAGUUUUCUUUGUGAGAAGGUCCUUGAUUGUAAGUUUAUUUAACAGAUACAGGUUGUUCAUACAAUCCAGUUGUUCUCCAGUGGGCUUUAGUAGGUUGUGUGUUUGAAGAAAUGUUCAUUUUAUCUGUUGUUGAAUUUAUGGACAAAAAUGACUUACACCCCCUUAUGAUCCUUUUAACAGCUAUUCUGCAGUGAUGUUCUUUCAGUUGUAUCUGAUGCUGGUAAUUUGCAUAUUUUCCUUGGUGAGUCUAGAGAUUUAUGAACUCACUUUGUUUUUGUUUUUGGCAGUACUGGGUUUGACCUCAGGUCCUCACACUUGCUGAGCAGGUGGUCUACCACUCGACCCACUCCACCAGCCCUGU